UAAAACCGUGUUCUACAGACGACAAACAAGGGAGAUGAAUAUGUGUAUUAGCUGAAUCUAUCUAUCAUCAUCCCACUAAUAAGAAAGUCAAGUUUGAAAAAGUCAGUUCAUGUCCAAGUUGAAACUUCCAAGUUCUAUCUACUUUUUAUUAUUUUCUGGCAGCCUGCAUCCAUUGUUCAUUACGUAUGAUUCGAGCUCAACAUCAUUUAUAACCAUUCCAUUUUAUCAUUAUUAUUAUAAUAAAACCCCUCUGAGAAAAAAAAAAUAAAAAAGGAAAGUAAUAAAAACCCCAUCGAAAAACCUCACAAUACAUCUCCCGAAAAAAUCUCUCUUCCCUCUUUCUUAUAAUUCUCCAAAGAAAAAAAAAAUGUCUCCUACUCGCAACAUACCGGCAUGGCUCCGCCCAACCUCCGAUCAUCACCCUCCUCCUCCUCCUCCUCCGCCGACGACUCAAUCACCGUCCCCUUUAGUCUCCGGCGAUCCGAACCUAACAACAUGCCUAUACCAAACGGACCACGGCGUGUUCUACCUAACGUGGUCACGCAGUUUCUUAGGAGGCCACUCACUAAACCUCUUCCUCCACUCACAAGACUACUACAACCGCUCCUCCCCUCUCUCCUUCUCCUCCGCCGACCUCUCCCUCUCCUCCUCCCUCUCCUUCCACCUCAACCUCAACACACUCGCCUUCUGGCGCAAACGCGGAUCCAGAUCCGUCUCCCCCAAAAUCCACCUCUUCUGGGACUUCACCCGCGCCAAAUUCGACUCCGGAUCCGAGCCUAGAUCCGGUUUCUACGUCGCCGUCGUCGUCGACGGAGAGAUGGCGCUCCUAGUCGGAGACUCCGUCAAGGAGGCCUACGCGCGAGUCAAAUCUGCGAAACCGCCGACGAAUCCGCAGGCUCUGUUGCUGAGGAAGGAGCACGUGUUCGGAGCUAGGGUUUUCUCGACGAAAGCGAGGUUCGGAGGUAAGAUUCGAGUGAUUUCGAUCGAUUGCCGCGUCGACGAGGACGCGCGGCUUUGCUUCAGCGUCGAUUCGAAGCAGGUGUUGCAGAUCAAACGGCUGAGGUGGAAGUUUCGAGGGAACGAGAGAGUCGAAAUCGACGGUGUUCAUGUUCAGAUCUCUUGGGACGUUUAUAAUUGGCUGUUUCAGAGUAAAGCCUCUGGUGGAGACGGAGGUCACGCGGUGUUUAUGUUUAGAUUCGAUAGCGAUCCUGAAGAGAGGAGGGAAGAGGAAGAGAGGGAGAAAGAUGAAAACGGCGUCGUUUUGUGGAAGCCGAAGCAGUGUGGGAGUAGCUUGGGGAUUAAAGGGAUCGUGGAGUGGAGGAAGAUGAAGAGGAGGUUUGUUAAGAGUAAGAGGAGUUCUUCUUCUUCGUCGAUCUCUAUGUCUUCCGCUUCGUCGGCUUGUAGCUCGUCGGUUAUGGAGUGGGCUAGUAGUGCUGACGAGGCGGAGUAUGGAGGAGGAGGAAACUCCGGUUUAGGUUCCGGCAAUGGUCUUGGAUUCUCUUUACUUGUUUACGCGUGGAUUAAGUGAAGUUUUUAAAUUUUUUUUUUAUGGGAAAUUUUAAAAAAAAAACUAAAAAGGGAAAGAUACUGCUACGGUCAAAGAAUUAUUUUGUUUUUAACGUUUUUAUUUCCCAUCCAUCUUAAAUCACGGACAAAGAAGAGGAAAUAUUGGAGUAAUUUUUUUAUAAUAUUCAAUUUUCGUAUUAUGAGUAAAUUUAUUUAAUACUAUAGAGAUUGAUUUUAUUCUAUUUAAAGAAAGUCUUGAGUACAAUUUGUCAAAAAGGUUGAUCAAUAUUUGAAUCACGGUGUCUUGUUGUUGUAUUAGUUGAGACUAUUAGUUGUUACAUUUUGACUAUAGUGCCUUGUGGAUGAUAAUGAAAGAGAUUGCAGCUUCGGAU